GUCAGGCGGACCUGGGAGGGCGCUCGCCGAAAGGGGCGAGGGGCCGAGGAGCCGCAGGGAAGGAGGGAUGCCGGAUGCCCGGGCCUGCGGCGCAGAGCGUGGCUGCGGCGGUGGCGGCGCUGGUGGCCGCCCUGCUCCUGCUGCGGCCUGAGGACGCGGGGCCGAGGGCCGGCUCCAGCAUGGCCGAGGCAGAGGCGCUGCCCAAGCUUCGGGAAGACUUCAGGAUGCAGAAUAAAUCUGUCUUUAUUCUGGGCGCCAGCGGGGAAACCGGCAGAGUGCUCCUAAAAGAAAUCCUGGAGCAGGGCUUGUUUUCCAAAGUCACGCUCAUUGGCCGCAGGAAGCUCACCUUCGACGAGGAAGCGUAUAAAAAUGUGAAUCAAGAAGUAGUGGACUUUGAAAAGUUGGAUGACUACGCCUCUGCCUUUCAAGGUCAUGAUGUUGGAUUCUGUUGCCUGGGUACCACUAGAAGAAAAGCCGGGGCGGAGGGAUUUGUUCGUGUCGAUCGAGAUUAUGUCCUGAAGUCUGCAGAGCUGGCCAAAGCUGGAGGCUGCAAGCAUUUCAACUUGCUGUCCUCCAAAGGAGCUGAUAAGUCGAGCAAUUUUUUAUAUCUGCAAGUUAAGGGAGAAGUGGAAGCCAGGGUUGAAGAAUUAAAAUUUGAUCGUUACUCCAUAUUUAGGCCUGGAGUUCUACUAUGUGAUAGGCAAGAAUCUCGCCCAGGUGAAUGGAUGAUUAGGAAAUUCUUUGGCUCCUUACCAGCAUCUUGGGCCAGUGGGCACUCUGUGCCAGUGGUGACUGUGGUUAGAGCAAUGCUCAACAACGCAGUGAGACCAAGCGACGAGAAGAAAGAACUGCUAGAUAACAAGGCCAUCCACGACCUCGGGAAAGCCGAUGGCUCUCUCAAGCCGUGAUCACACUGGAGAAAUGCUUUUUACUGUAAACUGCAACACUCACCACCUAACUGGUAACUUCUGGAUCUGAAAAAAGUCAGCGUGCUUUAACUUUGUGGUUCUCGGCCUCCCAGAUCCAAUCAAAAAAUGGUUGUGCUCUGCAUCAGCGGGUCAGAGCCUGGCUGUACAUAUACAUACAUCACCCAGGGAGCUUUUCAAAAAAUUAGAGCUUCAUAGGCCCUACCUCAAACCUUCUGAACCAGAACUUUUGGGUGCAGGCACAGAAAUCUGUUGUUCUGUUUAGGCUGCCUGUGGUGGUUCUGAUACCACAGGUGGGGAGGCCAGCUUUGAAAUGCCUAUCUGUAGAGUCACAGCAGCAGUGCAAACCUUAUGUAUCAUGCAGAUGAGUUCUGUUCUAAAAUUGUUGACAUUUGUGUCUCUGAGUUACCCCAUGCUGACUGCAUGUAACCAUGUAAGUGAACAUUGUGCCUUACUGCUUCUUUAGAAUAUACAGUAAAAGUUAUUAUAUACCUGAGCUUAAAUAAUUCAUGGGAGAACUAAGUAGGAGAAUUAAAAAUAAAUGGACAAGUCCUGGGUGCCUCUUAGACUGUUAGAAAAUGCCUAACUAUCAGUGGUAAUGUGCAGCAUUUUGGCCAAUGAGAUGACAUAACAGCAGCUAGUAUUUAUCAAGUGCUUGCUAAGUGCCAGCCUUUACGUAUGCUAUCUGUCCUUUAACACUCCAAACAAUCCUUAUAAGGUGAUACUAUCAUCCUCAUAUCUUAGAUGGGGAAACUGAGGCUCUCUGUGGUAAAGUGCCGUGCCCAAGGGCCCAAAGCUGAACCCAUGAAGCUAGGAAAAGGCAGAGCCAGGACUCUAACCCAAGCCAGCCUGAUCCCAUAGUUGUAUUUUUAAGCACUCUGUGAGAACAUCCUAUAUUUGUAUAUAUCCAGGGAGUUCCAGCUAAUUGUUACUGGAUCAGUACAUUCUGUGGUUGAAUAAAACUGAAAUAUUUGGGUUUCUCCA